GAAUAUUUAAUCCAUCUUUUAUUGAAAUUUCUUUUGUGUUUUUUCUUCUUCUUGUCUCUUGUCAAAUCGAUCAAACGAUUAUAUAUAACAAUCAACAACAACUUUUUAUUCAAACAUCAUUGAUUAAUAGUGUGGUUUUUUUCAUAUAUUAAAAAACAAAUACAAUCAUGUCCUGUUCAGCUGUAACAUUGUCCGUAGCCACUGUGCUAUCGGUUAUUGCUGUUGCUUGUUUAGCUAUCGGUUUUAGUACCGAUAAUUGGUAUGAAAUACGAGUCGAUACGAAUAGAACAAGACAAUAUUUGGAUGCUAUUGAUAAUAGUGGUAGUCUACCAUCCGAUUAUGAUUCUAAUUAUCUUUAUUAUUCACGUGAUGAAGGACUAUUUCGUGUUUGUUUUGCCGAUAAAAAACCUCGAGAAUUGUCAACAUAUUUAUCACCAACACAGACUGAAUGUUUCAACAUUGAUUAUUAUAUACCGGAAAAUAAAGAAUCCGAUAGCUUUACCGAUACACGAUGGGAACGUUUACAUAUGGCACGAUCAGUAGUGGCUUUAUACAUAAUGGCAUUCUUUUUUAUAAUCCUUUCAUUUUUUACCGGUGUUGCAGGAUGUUGGAAACGAUCACAUGCAAAUCUUGUAUCCACUGGAUUGUUACAAUUAUUUUCUUCAUUGAUGGAUGCUGGAGCAAUGGGAUUAUGGCAUGCGGUUCAAUUUUAUGAUCAUCAUAAAUUGAAAGAUGAAUAUUCGUAUGCAGCAUGGCCUGAUGUUCUUAAACAACCGGGCGUUACCGAAUUCUAUUAUGGAUGGUCAUAUAUAAUUGCAUGGAUUGGCAUCAGUCAAUUAUUGGUUGCAUCAAUUAUGUUUUUAUCUGCAGCCAGAUGUAUUCGUAGUGAAAAACGUUUGGAACAAACAAAAAAUAUGCAAUAUUUAAUGCCUGUCUAUCCAGAUAAACGUAGUCCAUAUGGUUUGAAUUAUGCAUAUGCAUAUCCUGGCCCAUACACUUACCAUGGAUCUCAAUAUGGAAUCGGACCAUAUGCAUAUUGAUCAUUAAAUUAUUAAGAAUAUCUACUUCCAAAAAAAAGAAAUUAAAAUAAUUUUCAAUUAUU